GCGGGCGGCGCAAAGGCCGCAGCUGCCCGGUGAGGGGCGUACGCCCGGAAUCUCGCCUCCCGUAGUCCGGCCCGAAGACUGGGAGUGAUCGGAAGUACUUGCUGAAACUACUUCCGGAGCAGACGUUAGGGGCACCGGCUGCUCACGGCCUCCGUGCCGGCCGGGGCGAAAACCGCGACGCACAGGCUCUCAGAGCCCACGGUCGGCCCGGCGCCGCGGAGCGGAAUUAAAAGCAUGCGGGUAGAGUUCCUGCCCGAGUACGAAACAGGGAGCGCCGGGCACUGGACGCAUGCGCGUAGCAGCCUGCGGGCCUCAUUCUGCGCAGGCGCGGGGGCGUCCCUUAGCACCUCUGAAGCAUCUGGUCCCUCCCGCGUCUGAGAUUGUCAAGCCGCGCCAGACCCGAGUCUGGCGGUCUGAGCGCCUCCCGGGUGACACAGGCAGAGUGGCCGAGGCCGUGGAGCAGACCCACCGGGAGCCAGAUGAGCAGAGAGGUCUGCGUGCACACCUGGCCGUGCUCCUACUACUUAGAGCUGGACAAGCGAUGGGUCCCUGGAAAGCUUUCCUUAACCUCCUGCUCCCUGAAGUUUGUGGCUGAUGAGGCCCAGGAGAUGCUGGUGAGUUUCCCGCUGUCUGGCAUCACUGCGAUCAAGAAGGAGGCUUCUCACUUCGUCUUCAGCUCCAUCACUGUCCUGGAGAAGGACAACCGCAAGCACUGGUUCAGCUCCCUGCAGCCCAGUCGCAAUGCCGCAUUCAGUGUCAUCGAGCAUUUCUGGAGAGAGCUGCUGCUCUCCCAGCCGGAAGCACCGCUUCCUGCGACCAAGGGGAAGGAGCUGACUGGCCUCAUGGCCUGUUCCCAGAAGCGCCUGGAGGACACGGCCAGAGUCCUCCACCAUCAGGGCGAGCAGCUGGACAGCAUCACCAGGGGCCUGGACAAGAUGGAAUCCGACCUGGACGUGGCUGACAGGUUGCUGACAGAGCUGGAGUCCCCUUCCUGGUGGCCCUUUAGCUCCAAGCUUUGGAAGAUGCCAUCAGAAACAAAGCUUAAGGGAGACGCUUCAAUGGCUAGUCCCAAAGCUCUUGGGAAGGAAGGGGUAGUGGUCAGAAUUCCUGCUGUUGUCUCCCAGAGAACAGCAUCCCAUGUCAAACCAGGGAGUCUCACCGUCCUAGUGUCUGGACUGGAAAUCCAUGAUUCGAGUUCUGCGCUCAUGCACAGGUUCGAAAGAGAAGACGUGGAUGACAUUAAGGUUCACACGCCCUAUGAGAUCAGCAUCCGCCAGCGGUUCAUUGGGAAGCCUGACAUAGCCUAUCACUUGAUAUCUGCCAGGAUGCCAGAGGCCAUCCCCGUUUUGGAGGUGCAGUUCAGCAAAAAGAUGGAGGUGUUAGGAGAUGCCCUGACACCCAGCAGCACCAAAACCUCCUCCCCAGCAGAGAAGGGCUGCUCCAUGUGGCACACAGCGUCUGGGCUGAUGGACCGGGCCGUGCACCACGAGCCCUGCCCAGGCAGCCAGGACGGCCAGCCACUCCAGCUGCAGACGACCCAGCCGUUCAUUUCCGAGGGGGACGCCCAGGAACUGAGACAGAUCCUGAGGAAACUCAAGGGUCUUGCCCUGGACACCGAGGCAGAGCUGGAGAGGCAGGACGAGGCCCUGGAUGACAUCACCGCCGCCGUGGACCGGACCACCCUAACCAUCGACAAGCACAAUCGGAGGGCAAAGAAACUGACUUAGAGGGACAAGAAAGCAUGACAGUCA